CCGGGAGGCAGUCUAUCGCAGCUAUUGAGGUCCAAAUGGGGACCACUUAAGGACAACGAACCCACCAUUUCUUUCUAUACGCGACAAAUACUGGAAGGUUUGAAGUAUUUACACGACCAGAAGAUAGUGCACCGGGAUAUCAAAGGGGAUAACGUUCUCGUCAAUACUUACACCGGAAUACUCAAAAUAUCAGACUUCGGUACGUCCAAGAGGUUGGCCGGUAUUAACCCACACACGGAGACCUUUGCCGGAACCUUCCAAUACAUGGCUCCCGAAGUCAUAGAUCAGGGACAGAGAGGUUAUGGCGCACCGGCAGAUAUAUGGUCUCUGGGCUGCACUAUUGUUGAGAUGGCAACUGGAAAGACACCAUUCAUAGAGUUAGGGUCGGGUCAGGAGAUUAUAUUCAAAGUAGGCUUCUAUAAAGAGCACCCGCAGAUCCCACCCUCGAUGUCAGAAAAGGCCCAGAAGUUUAUCCUCCGGUGCUUUAUUCCCGAUCCCUUCGAAAGAGCCACUGCUUCACAACUACUCGACGAUAUAUUUCUAGACACCGGUUCCCAUCGCAAGAAAAAGCCGACCCCUUCUCCGCUGACUGCCCAGAAGUUUAUCCUCCGGUGCUUUAUUCCCGAUCCCUUCGAAAGAGCCACUGCUUCACAACUACUCGACGAUAUAUUUCUAGACACCGGUUCCCAUCGCAAGAAAAAGCCGACCCCUUCUCCGCUGACUGUCAGCCCUACGCGCGGCUCUCUUAUCAAUGAUUUCAAUCGCUCCAUAUCUGUGCCCAUUGACCCCCAGUGCAAGACUGACCGCCAAGAAGGACGGGUCACUCGCUUCUCGAGUACUGGUGAAGACGGUGCAUCCAAUUUGCACCUAAAUAUAACUCGACGGUGUGCCAGUCCUUUCGACUCUGGCCCUCAUUCACCCGCUAUGUACUCUCAGAGUUCAGAAGACGCUCCUUACGCCCGGCGCUCCAGUGGUGUCCUAUUGUCGCCUCCUGUCGAGGGAAUGUCCACAUUGGGUACGAUCGGUGAGUCAGAACAGGAGGGCUUCUUCCUGUUGAAGAAGGACUCGCAAAGGAGGGCCACUUUGGUGCAGGUGAUCACCGAAGACGCUCAGGCUAUCUGUGAGCUGUGGUUCCAUUUGUUGCGGCAAUCGGUGCAGGACUUAGUGCUCACACAAACCCAUUUGCAUCGCAUACUACUGCCCGGACUCCGGGAUUUCAUACCUCAGACCAAACGGACGCACAUCGAGAGGGCAAUCGCUUUACUCAAAGAAGAGCUUGACUUCGAUGGCGCGGCCAUCAAUCAGAUCCAGUUAGCGCUGCUUAGCUUCCAAGAGGCGGUCAACUUAGUGCUCAGAAACCACAGUAUUAAACCGCACUGGAUGUUCGCUCUGGACAGCCUUAUUAGGUCCGCAGUUCAGGCCGCCAUCACUGUCCUCUCGCCAGAACUUGGAGAGAACAUCGCCGGCGGAGAGCUUCGCGAUGAGGUGGAGGAGCCCGUCAAUGACAUGGAACAGGACAGAGAGUCGACUUCCGGUGUCUCGACUAUAAACUCAGCCAAAUCAGUAGUAUUACGACCUGUUAUUAAUGUGAUUCCAUCCGAGGAUCAACUGAUCCAUCAGUUGCAGCAAAAGAGUGAACAACUGAGGAGUGAAAACCUCAGACUCUUUCAGGAAUUGAUAGAAACUCAGGAAACGCUUCAGGAAAUGAUAAAAAGCACUUUAAAUGAGACGAAAGUGCAAAUCAAUUUAGUGCAACAGCAGCAGCAAAACCCAUCACUUAGUCCAGUGUUCAGCAACAGCUCCACUUCCACUCUCAUCCCAUGUAAUAAGAUUACCGCCAAUAAUGAGGAAUCCAUUGGCAAAUUUGUGAAUGAAGACUACACUCUAAGGGACUUAUCAUCGAUGACUCGCCAGGAUUUAAGGCGUCUUAAUCUGAAAGGAGGCGUCGAAUUGCGAAUAUGGAGAGCUAUUGAAGAUCAUAAAAGUCGUAAACAAUUGGAAGUCAUUGAAGAGGAUUAAUGAUUAUUAUAUAACGAAUUAAUUUGUAUUAUUUACAUUAAAUUUUACAAUAUUUUAUUUCAACUUCGAGUGCCUUACGAGUAGGACUGUGCAAUCAGAUCAUGCCAUUGAUGCUCAAUAUAGCGUUUUACUCUAAAUUUAAUCAUAAUAUUAAUUGUUUAAAGAGUUUAUACGAGAUUAAAAUGAUUAAUAAAAU